AUGGCCAGCGCUGACACAGACUUGGAGGCGGAGGCACUUCCCCAUAUUUCUAAAGGAGACAUGAAUGAGAUAAGGGCUGCAAUAGAGAAAGGAGACCUCACAGCAGCAGCUACAAAAGCCCAGGAGAUCCUGGCUAAUGAAGAAAAGAUCCAGCUCCACAUUGCUGUAACAGGAGAUGCCCCUUAUCCUUGCCCCCAGGACUCCCACGUGACUUUCUGGGACCUGCCUGGCAUUGGGGCACCCAAUUUCAGACCAGACACCUACCUGCAGCAGGUGCAGUUCGACCGCUAUGACUUCUUCAUCAUCAUCUCCUCCAGCCGCUUCACAUGCAAUGCUGUGAUUCUGGCAGAGGCAAUUCAGGCUCGGGGGAAGCAUUUCUACUUUGUGCGCUCCAAGGUGGAUCAGGAUGUGAGCAAUGAGCAAAGACUCUACGAUGAGGAGGGAGUCCUGAAGGCCAAAGGGAAGAAAGCUACUGCGACCCGGUCACAGCGCUAUGAUGAGAUGGCAGUCCUGGAUAGGAUCCGUCAGGACUGUGAAAGGAAGCUGGCAGAGCUGGGCAUAAGCUCCCUUCAAGUCUUUCUUGUCUGCAGGGAUGGUUUUGGCAGGAAGUACGAUGGUCCCAGACUGUUGUGGACCUUCCUGGAUGAUCUGCCAAGCCAGAAGAAACUCGGCUUCCUACGGUCCCUGGCCAACACUUCAAAGGAGGUGCUGAGAAAGAAGAAGGAGGAGCUGAUGAAGUAUGUCUGGCUGAAAAGCCUUGCGUCAUGUAGAGCAUCUGCUGUUCCCAUCCCUGGUCUCUCUACCGCUGUUGAUACUGCAAUCCUGGUGACAUCCCUGCAAGAGUACUGCUGGACCUUUGGCCUGGCUGAGGACUCCCUCCAGAAACUUGCAGAGCAGGUGAACAAGCCUGUUGAGGAGCUGAAGGCUGUCAUGAGGUCCCCCCUGCACCACGAAAUAUCCAAGGAUCUUGUAAUUAAGCUGUUGACCAAAAGCUUUGGGGGUGCUGUGCAAUAUCCACUGCUUGUGUUAAAAUCCAUCCCCAUAGUGGGGGCUGUGAUAGGCUGUCUGUUGUCGGCAGCAAUUGCUUUCUUCAGCAUGUUCUUUCUGUUGAGGAAUUUCCUGUCUGAUGCUGCUGCUAAUGCCGAACGUAUUCUGCAGCGGGCUUUAGAGGGGACGAGUCAGAAUAGCCCAAAGGGGAGCUGAGCACAAAGUGUGUGAAAGGAAUGUGGGGAGCUCCCAAGAGCAGCGGGGAGAGGGGCUGAGUCCGGCCAUCUGCAUUCUGCACGGGUGGCCAAUGCUUUGCUGUCUGGAAGUGCUGCGGGGUGCUCUGGUGGUGCCGGGGAGUGGGGUGAACUGCUGAAGCUAAUAUUCAAGUUUCCUUUUAUUAAUAUUUAUAAUAUAUCUUUAUGAAUAUGUCUCACUUAUCACAAUUUUUUCAUUUUCAUAUUAUUGUAUUUAUAUUUCUAUUAAUAUUUUCUGCCAAUGUUUUUCUAUUGUUUUCUGUUCUAUUAAUAUUUCUAUUAUUAUUGUUCUACUAUCUUUCUACUGUUGUAUGACUAUUUCUAUAGCCUUUAUGUUAAUAUUUGAAUUAUGAUUUUAGUGUUCCUUUUAAUGGUAUUUCUAGCUUUAUUCUUGUAUUGGCUUUUAUGACUGUUCAUCUCUUUUAAUACCAUUAAUGCAAAUAUUCCAUUUUGACAUUGGUAUUUCUGUGAUUUUCAUAGCAUAUUUGCACUUUGUUAUGAUUAUUCAUGUUUUUCCUAGCAGUAGUUGUUAUAUUUUAAUUAGCAUUUGUUUAACUUUGCCCCAGCAUGAGAUGGGCGCACCUCCUGCCAUCACCCUCCUCCCAGUGAAGAAUGCUAGACCCAGAGGGCGCCUGGAGGUAUAUUAACCACAUUAAUGAGACUUUCUUCAAUAAAACUACUUACUUGCCUUCUUC